UGCGGCCGCGAGGUAUGGGAACCGGUCCGCCGGGCCAGGCAGCGGUGCUAGGCGGCAGGGGUAGCGACGCCGCCGCCUUUCCCUUCUCCUGCCCCCGUCCCUGCUCCGCCGCGUCCUCGUCCUCGCUGGGUCCCCGCCGCCGCCGCCUCAGCCUCGGCGCUCCUCGGGUUUCUUCUCUCCAUCAAGGCCGGGCCGACCCGCAGGGACCAUCCCGGAAAGUGAGGGGUUGUUGCCGUUUCCCGCAGCUGUUGGUGGCCAUCUUUAAUCCUCCUCCUCCUCCUCCUCCUCCUGCUUUCUCCACCUCCCGCUGGCUGUCUGACUGACUGACUCUGGAUCCUCCUCUUUCCCCUCCUGCUCCUCCUACUGAGCCGGCCGCAGAAAUUGCAGCCGCUCAGCCUCUACCCCCUCCUGCUUUUCCUUCCUCUUUCCUUACUUCCUUCCCUUCCCUCGGCUUCCCGCUCUCCCCUCACUCUCAGCGGCUGCCUUCGCCCCCGUCUGCAGACAGCGCCGCUGGAUGCUCCCAGCUAGACUUCAACCCCACUCCUCUCAGUCCCUCUCCCCACUGCCUUCCAGACGCGCCUCUUCCCCGCCCCGCGCCCCUCUCUCCUCUCCGACCCCUGCCCCUCUCCGCGGCGCUCACCCUCCUCAGUCUCAGUUUCUGAAAGGACUCAGCUGAGAAAGGACAAAAGUUUCCGGAUUUCCUCUAAU